ACCCCCAGCACAGCCAAUGGGGUCAAGCUCCACCUGGCCGCCAGCCCGCACUCUCUGGCCCUACCUCGUUAUGGCCAGCCUGCUCCGCGCUGCUCCUGCGACCCGGUGGUUGUUGCCCCGGAGGGGCUACUGCUCCCAGGGCAAGCAGGGCGGACUCAGCAAGGGCUUUGUGGAGGCUCUGAAGGCAGUUGUGGGGAGCCCCCACGUGUCUAUGGCCACAGUGGUCCGGGAGCAGCACGGGCACGAUGAGUCCAUACACAGGUGCCAACCUCCGGAUGCUGUGGUGUGGCCUCAGAACGUGGAGCACGUCAGCCAGCUGGCAGCCCUGUGUUAUGGCCACGGCGUGCCCAUCAUCCCAUUCGGCACGGGCACUGGGCUUGAAGGGGGAGUCUGCGCGGUGCAGGGUGGUGUGUGUGUCAACCUGACCCACAUGGACCAAAUCCUGGAACUGAAUCCAGAAGACUUCUCUGUGGUGGUGGAGCCUGGUGUCACCCGUAAAGCUCUUAACACCUACCUGCGGGACAGCGGCCUCUGGUUUCCUGUGGACCCAGGUGCAGAUGCCUCUCUCUGUGGCAUGGUGGCCACUGCGGCCUCGGGUACUAACGCUGUGCGCUAUGGCACCAUGCGGGACAACGUGCUGAACCUGGAGGUGGUGCUGCCUGACGGGCAGCUUCUUCACACUGCAGGCCAUGGCCGUUACUUCCGGAAGAGUGCAGCUGGCUACAACCUCACAGGGCUCUUUGUGGGCUCUGAGGGGACUCUGGGACUCAUCACAGCUGCCACUCUGCGCCUGCACCCUGCCCCUGAGGCUAUUAUGGCUGCCACCUGUGCAUUCCCCAGUGUCCAGGCGGCUGUGGACAGCACUGUACACAUCCUCCAGGCUGCAGUGCCCGUGGCGCGCAUUGAGUUCCUGGAUGAUGUCACGAUAGAUGCCUGCAACAGGUAUAACAAACUGAACUGCUCUGUGGCACCCACGCUCUUCUUUGAGUUCCACGGUUCCAAGCAGACACUGGAAGAGCAGCUGCAGCGGGCAGAGGAGAUCACCCAGCACAACGGAGCCUCGCAUUUCUCCUGGGCCAAGGAGGCUGAAGAGCGCAACUGGCUUUGGACGGCACGUCACAACGCCUGGUAUGCACUCCUGGCCCUGCGGCCGGGCUGCAAGGGCUAUUCCACCGAUGUGUGUGUGCCCAUCUCCCGGCUGCCAGAGAUCCUGGUGCAGACCAAGGAGGACCUGAAGGCCUCAGGACUCACAGGAGCCAUUGUUGGACACGUGGGUGAUGGGAAUUUCCACUGCAUCAUGCUGAUAGACCCGGAGGAUGCUGAGGAGUACCGCAGGGUCAAGGCCUUUGCAGAACAGCUGGGCAGGCACGCACUGGCACUCCGUGGGACGUGUACUGGGGAGCAUGGCAUUGGGCUGGGCAAGCGGCAGCUACUGCAAGAAGAGGUGGGCACUGUGGGCAUGGAGAUCAUGCGGCAGCUUAAGGCCACGCUGGAUCCCCAAGGCCUCAUGAACCCAGGCAAGGUGCUGUGAAGGAUCCAAGCACUUGACCCCCAAGCCCCCAGACAAUGGAACCUCCCAUCUAGAACCUUUCUUCAGGCCACAGAACCACUCUGCCUUUGCCCAGACCCUGCAGGGUCUUCACCUUCCACCCUGCUGGAGGCCAGGGUAAAAGCCUGAGGGACUUGGCACUCUUAGUCCCACUCCACCUGUCUGGUGACUUCCUGCUGUGGGAAGGGACCUCCAACUCCACUUUGAAAGGUCUUCUCUUUGAGCCCCCCAAAUAAACCUGAACCUCAUUUGCA